CUCCGCCCUGCUUGUUUGAAGCUUCGCCGCCAUCGCUGCCGUCUACACGCUUGUAGGGUGGGGAAAGUAGCGACAAAAUGGCAACUCCAGGACAGAAGGAGAGAGAGGCAGAGCUUCACUCAGUCCUCAGAGCGGCAAACCUGUUAGACUACUACCCUAGCUUCCUCGAACAAGGAGGAGACGAUGUACAACAGUUCUGCGAUGCGAGCGAAGAUGAGUUUAAAGAAAUCGUCGCGUUGGUUGGCAUGUCGACGAAGCCACUUCACACUCGAAGGCUGCAGAAAGCUUUGGUGGAAUGGAAAAGCAAACGAGGCAAUUCUCCGGAGCGAAUCAGUCCCGGAUCUUGGAUGGACAAGUGGACUUCUUCGCCUCAAGUCAAUCGAACUCCUCAGUCAAGCAAUUCAUCGCCUGUUACUACUGCAACAACGUCGACAAGUGCUGGAAGAAAGCGGCGAAGCAGCUCGGGUGCCGGCAAAGGCGGUCCAGAGAAACGAGUUGUGGAGCUGAAGCUCCCGCCGAUGGAGGUCAUUAUCGACUGGGAAAAACUCGAUCCUGAACGACAGCAGUUGAUCCGAGAUCAUUCGCGAAUUUACGGUCGAGAUAUCAAGAAGCGCAAGACUAAUACUCUGAACUCACACGAACAAAUGAUCAAUGAAGCCGCAGCACAGCUUUGUCUUCGAGAUCCGACACUUCUAGUUCGACGUGAUGAAUUGUUUACAAUGGCCAGGCGAGUUGUUCGUGACAGUGGUUUCACCUUUGUGCAUGGUCACUCAAGAUCCAAGUUUGUCUCCGAAUCAGACGACGAAAUGGAUGGUGCAAAAAAGACUCAAGUAUCUCAGGCAAACAAACUCAAAAGAGAGGAGCGAUUGACUGAAAUUGAUGAUCUUAUGCAGAACAACAAAGAAUUACAAGAGCAAAUAAUGCAGAAACUGGAUGAAGCAAGAUCAUUGAAUGCAACUGCAGAGAUAAAUGAGCUUCAGUCUGACCUCAAUAAGCUGCAGAGCCAACAAAUUUCACUACAGAUGGAACACAAAGAGUUGAAGAAAAAACAGCGACGAUCAGAAAGAUAUUACACAAACAAACAGACCAAGGACUCUGGAUCACAGGGCAACAGUGUUCAGGAAGAGGAUGUGGACAUGGUUGGUGAUGUAACAUUACAGGGUGACCUUUCAGCAGAUGACCCCUCUGAAGAAGGUCUUCAUCCUGAGAAUACAGAGGAGGAGACACAGGUUACAACGGUUGAACAGUCCAGGACAGUGACAGUACCAGAAGCUGUGGUCACCCAGAUAUUACCACCAGCUACAGGUAUCCCAACAACAUCAAGCAGUGCUACAAUCAAUCUUCCUCAGCGUCAAGAAGCACUGAACCCAGAGGAGGAGUCGUCAGUAAGGGCUUUGUACACUGCUUUUAUGCCACAGCACCUACAGACUGAAGUUGUCCAGCAAGUUCAACAGCAAGGGGAAGGGGGCCACAUAAUACCUGCAUAUCCAUCUGCACUUGUCAGUGCUGCUGUGUCAUCAGAUCCCACGAUCAAUGCUUUACUGAGUCUUGGUGCUAAGGAUAAGGUUCUGCUGCCAGGGAUGUUGCCACCUGGUGUGUCUGUGGCUACAGUUCCAGUGACCACAGGUGUGGCUGUUGCAACAACAAGCAUGACACCUAAUAUCACUGUGGUGAUGCCUGGUCAGCCAAUGACAGGCAAUGUUCCUUGGUCCUAACCUGGCUGUGGCUAACAAGCUCUUCCAGCAAGAAGCUUAAAAUGUAUUUACAGCACUGGCUGUAAAUGUAUCUUAAAAUAGUGACUUGAAAAGUGACUAAAUAACCAGCAUGUGAUUUUGUAAGUAGUGUGCAACAUGUUUCAGUACCCCCUAACAUGGGUGGGAGAAGUCAAACAUUUCUUUUUCUGUGCAGUUGUUUUUAAUCAAGUAUAGGGAGGAUUUGUUGCCUCCAGCCUCCUU